AUGUCGGAUGCGGUACAGGCUUCGCCAAGUCCGCCUCACCCAAAUCGCCCGACCGUGGAUCCGCCGCCGAAUCUCAGAACAGGAACCGGAACGGAAAUCGGGGAUGUUGAAAUGCCCGCCGUCGGCUCACCUCACAUGCCGGAACAAACACAAAAGGGAUGGGGUCCUCCGCCCAUUGCCAACCACGGCCCCGGCUUUCUCAAGCUUACACCCCAGGAACAAAGUGAAAUCCGACACCUACACCAUAACCUCGGACAUCCCGAUGCUCAAAAGUUCGUGCGCUACCUCAAACAAGGAGGUGCGGGAGAAGCAGUGCUGAAAGGAGCGGCCGACUUUCAAUGUGAUGCGUGUUCGGAGUCUCGUAAGGGAUUUAUGGCCGCACGGCCAUCCGCCAUACACGAAAACUUGGCUUUCAAUACAAAGGUCGGGCUGGAUCUUGUUUCAUGGAGAAAUGCAAAAGGGCACGAAUUCCACUUUGUUCCUUUUAUCGAUGAAGCAACUCAAUUUCACUUAGGAGCAGAGUGCAGUCAGGGAGCAGAAGGGAUCAUUGAACACUUUGAACAAGUUUGGGUAAGUUGGGCGGGAUACCCUGGUGAAGUGUGUGUAGAUCCGGGUGGGGAAUUCAUCUCAGACGCCUGGGCAUUGAAAACGCAAGAGGCAGGGAUUAAAGUGAAUAUGUCUGCAUCCGACAGUCAUUGGCAACUAGGAAGAGCAGAAAUUCACGGAAGUACCGUGAAGCAAAUGCUGAGCAGAAUGGACCUUGAGCAAGGGAUUGAGAGCUCACACGAGUUCAGAAGGGCGUUGCGUCAUGCUUUUGCUGCAAAGAAUACGUUGUGUAGGGCAGAUGGGCACACCUCACAACAAGCCGUCCUAGGAGUCUCUAGUCGUCUCCCUGGUUCAAUCCUGUCUGAUAGCAAUGCCUCGUCACAUGCGUUGGCCGAGAGCGGGACCGCGGAGGGUGGCAACCUUCCGGAGGGGCAACGCUUUCUGGAAGAGCUUCAGCUUAGAGAACGCGCAAGGAAAUCCUUUGUCAUGGUCGACAACAGCGCAAGCUUCAGGAGAGCAUUGUUGCGGCGCACGAGACCGAUGCGAAGCCAGUGGGAACCUGGAGAUCUUGUGCUGUAUUGGCGCCGGAAGGGUGGAAACAUGCGACGUGAGCAUGGACGAUGGCAUGGGCCAGCAGAGGUCAUUGCCACUGAGAAGCAGAAGGUCGUUUGGCUUAGUCAUGCGGGUCGUCUAAUCAGAGCCAGCCCGGAGCAACUUCGAGCAGCUUCUCUCCGCGAAUGGCAAAAAGUUCCUAAAGAUGAUCAUGGCAAGCCACUUCAACAGCUCGAACCUCUCAAAGAACGCUUGAAGAGUGCCCCGCAGUACUUUGACCUUGAGGGCGAGGACGUUCCACCCCGAGAGGAAGUAGAAUCCCCUUACAUAGAGGUAGAAGGGCUCUCCGAACCUGAUGCUGAAAAUACUCCGGACUCCCCAGCUGGAUUGUCCAAUGUGAAUCGGCCAGAGGCCAACUCCAUUGGACAGAACAUUUCUGAUGAUGUUCGCAUGCCCACUCAAAGUGAGCGAGAACUGUCUGAGCAAAGUCAGGAAGUUCCCGUUCCCGAAGAUGAUGAUGAUGACCUAGAGUUUGGGGAUUGUGUGGUUGUAGAUGAGCCGGUUUUUCAUAGUGGUUGUGAUCGAUGUUGGGAAAUAGAUAUCACGCCCCCAGAGGGAUGGAAUCUUCCUGAGGAACUGGACGAAGACAUGAUAUGUCUUGCUAGUGAAAGCCGCAAGAAACGGGUUGAGGUCAAGCUCCGAGAUCUCACAGUUCGAGACCAGCAACGGUUUGCUCUAGCAAAGCACAAGGAGGAACGCGAUUUUGUUUUCACGGGCAUUCGGCUACAUCAGUGGGAAGAUGGGAGCAUUGAGAUGGAUCAAAAAGAGUAUAUCUCCAAGAUAGUAGGUGAGCUCCAGUCAGCUAUCAAUUCAGCAAAGGUGUCUCACUUGUUGGCCAUUGAAGAUACGUGGGUGGGAACAGCCGCAAAUGCGUCAGAAGGGCAAGCCUGGACCGGAGUCACUCGCUUUUUCUUGAGCCAGAAGCCCGAGGCUUCCGUCAAGGCGCUUACCAGUCAGACCUCAUAA